GAAUGGAUGACUACCCUUGCGAUGGCUGGGAGCAAUUGCGACGUAUUGAAGCUCGGUUCAUCUCCAUGGAAGCUAGGAUAGAAGGGGGUCUAGCUACGAUCACAGAAUCGCUGAAGAAGAUGUCUGAACGUAUCUCGGCUGUGGAGAAAUUGCAAGAUGAGAAGAAGAGGGCCUCCUCGUUGGCACCUAGGUACUCGGACGCUGUCCACUGCUCUCCGCUUGAUUGGUACACGGUUCAUCUGCAGGAAGGUAGUGAAAGUGUGUGGAAGAAUCAUUUCGAGGGUCGAUGGGGUAGGAUACUUAGUCAAAAAGCGCGGGACAUGCUUGUCGUGUCGUGGUACUCGGAUACAAACGUGCAUCCCAAGAUCUCUCAUUCGUCGAUGGCUUGGUACUCGAUGAUGGAGCAAGGGCUGUACGCGUUUCCCGCGCAGGUGUAUAACAAGGAGAGAGGGAGGGGGAAGAGCUUCUGCUUGUCGGCGCACGAUGUGCGGGUGAGGUACAAUCCCGCGUCGGACACGUUCACCAUCGAUUACGACAUCAAGGGGAGAGGAGGAAGAGGAGGCGGGGGGGGAGGGGGAGGGGGAGGUGUGGGGCUAUUAGUCGGAAACGGCGGGAACACGGGGGGGAAAUGUGGGAUAGAAGAGGGGGUCCCUUGGGAGCGAAUACGGUCCUCCCCCGUGGAUAUCGAUGACCCGUACAAGGUGUACGUCAGCGACGACCUGCGGCUUGCGCAGCCUGAUGAUCAGAUCGAGAUCCAAUUAAGGAUGAGUAAGGACCUGUCUCUUAUACACAUCUAGAUGUGUAUAAGAGACAGCCCAUACAUAGUUGCUCUCUCUCUCUCUCUCUCUCUCUCUCUCUCUCUCUCUACAUUCCCCGAUGCGGGCACUCCGUCGCCACGCAUCAACACAGAGUUGUCACCCCGCUUGGUUCAAACAUGCAAGCCAGGUUCGCCCGUGCGCCACAGUCCGUCGUGGCCCGCACGUCAACCC